UAAAUUUAUAUCUGUGUGUGUAGGUAUGUUUCUAAACUUAUAUCCGUACGUGAGGUAUGUUUCUAAAUUUAUAUCCGUGUGUGUAGGUGAUGGAUAUUCCUUCCUGCGAAGACACGAUGAAUCAGUGCGAGGCUCUGCUGGAGAACGCUGAAUACCAACACACGAACUCAGAGCUAUCAGGAUUCACGGCCGCACACGCCACACUACAGACUGCGCACUUGAAGACUCAGGUAGACGAGAUCACCACCACUUUGAGCGAGAUUGCGUCCAAGUUCAAGGUCGACUAUCAAUCGGAUGACAAAGAAUGGAUAGAUGCGCGUAUCAGGUUAUGUGUAGGAGGGGAACACUGGGCACCGCCCGGCUUAUAG